AUGGCAAACUUAGCACCCACUUCAGCUAUCCCUGAAGAGUUUCAACUCCCCGCUCUACCAACUGUACAAGGAACCAACCCCGAAAGGUCACCUGUAGAUGCGUUCAAACUUGCAGUAGCGCAAAUAUGUGCUGAAGCAUUCGAUGAAAAGAUCGAAAAAGUUUAUCCUGCUGUUGAGAUGGGUAAGAAAGGAGUGGACUUGUCAGUUGCGAUAGUCAGAUUCAAGAAAGGCAAACCAGCAGAUCUAGAAGUAUGGGCUAAGAAAGUCAUUGAUAACUUCACUCCUUCUGCUUACCUUUCUUCCGUCUCUACUCCCGAUAACAGAUUCUUGUUCUUCCAAUUCAACCAAAACUCCUUCAACUACCAUCUCCUUCGACACAUCGCAUUGACCUCGGAAGCUUCACUCGCGAAUCCCUCAGAUAAAACUUUAUCUUACGGAACAACAAAAGAAGGAGAAGGCAAACACAUGUUGAUCGAUUUCUCAUCUCCAAACAUCGCCAAACCUUUCCAUGCAGGUCAUUUGCGAAGUACGAUCAUCGGUACAGUCAUCAGUAACUUGUACGAAGCCAAUGGAUGGAAAGUUACCAGGUUGAAUUAUUUGGGUGAUUGGGGAACACAAUAUGGUCUUCUCUCAGUCGGGUUUGACAAAUACGGAGAUGAGCAAAGACUCCUGGAAGAUCCCAUACAAGAGCUUUUCAAAGUUUACGUUCAAAUCAACAACGCCAAAGCUGAGCAAAAGAAACAAUUGGAUGCGGGAGAGACCAUUCCUGAAGAAGAACAGAUCCACUUCCAAGCGAAGAAGGUAUUCAAGGCAAUGGAAGAUGGCGAACCCAAAGCCAUUGCUCAAUGGGCUCGAUUCCGUGACCUUUCCAUCGAAGCGCUUAAAGCCACUUAUGAAAAACUUAACGUGCACUUCGAUGUAUAUUGGGGUGAAUCCCAAGUAUCUCCCGAAUCGAUGGAACGGGCAACUAAGAUCGUUCAAGACAAGGGAUUGACAUGUGAGGACAGAGGAGCUUUGUUGGUUGAUUUGACAAAGUACAAGAUGGAUAAAGCAAUUGUUCGAAAAGCCGAUGGAACCACUAUCUACUUGACUCGAGAUCUAGGAGGUGCUCAUGACAAAUAUGAGAAAUACAAGUUUGACAAACAUAUUUACGUUGUUCAAGCUGCGCAAACAUUACAUUUCAAUCAACUGUUCAAAACAUUACAAUUGAUGGGUGAACCAUACGCAGAUAAAUUAGAACAUGUCACUUUUGGUUUAGUAAAAGGAAUGUCAACUCGAAAGGGAACUGUGGUAUUCCUUGAAGAUAUGAUAUCGGAUGCUACUGAGACGAUGCACGAACAAAUGAGAUCAAAUGAAGCUAAAUAUGCUCAAAUCGAGGAUCCUCAGGGAACAAGUGCUAUUAUCGGCACUACAGCAGUCAAGAUUCAAGAUAUGGCCGGUAAAAGAGUCAACGAUUACGAUUUCGAUAUUAAACGAUGUACUUCAUUCGAAGGUGAUUUUGGACCAUUCAUUCAAUAUUCUCACGUUCGAUUAUGUUCAGUCCAGAGGAAAAAUCCAAACGUACCCGUACCCAUAUCAGUCAAUGAGAUCGACGUUUCACUACUCAACGAACCAAAAAUCAAUGACAUAAUGUAUCAUCUAGCAUUAUAUCCUACAGCAGUCAAAAACGCUUACAACCAAUCUGAACCUUCACAAUUAGUCACCUGGUGUUUCAAAUUAUCUCAUUUGGUAGGAGCAGCGUGGGAAACCGUCAAAGUUUCAUAUGCAGAAGAAGAAACUGCAAAAGCUAGAUUAUAUCUAUAUAUCCAAACUAGACAAGUCUUAGCUGAUGCUAUGAGAUUGUUGAGUUUGACUCCGAUCGAAAGGAUGUAG